ACCUGACUCAGAUCUCCACUAGGUCCACCGGAGGUGGGAUCGGAUUUGUUCCAAAAGGUGUGAACAGCAAGCACAUCGAGCAGCGGAUGCUCCUGCUCUUGCGAAGACAACCGCAGCACCAUAAUUACUCCCCGGCCUACUGGACCGGGCCGGGAUCCGAGCACCUCACUUGCAUGCGCAGCAGAGAGCUAUGGCCGCCGUGUAUUGCAGGAGCUGCUGUCCAAUGUCACGAAAUCGGGGAAGAGAUAAGGAGAAUCGCAUCGCGUUCAGAGAAAGAGCACACUUCACGUGCGCCCGGCAAGAAGAUCGAAGUCCGCCAACUGCCCCCACGUUUGAUGGAGGUCGAGGGUUUUCGGCAUCAGAACCCACAGCAACGAAGGUGAAUGCAGGAGAGGACCAUCGCAGAUUCAGCCGUCGAGUUGUCUGCCGAUAUAAUGCUCCCACGGUCCAACCUGUCCUAGCUCGAGAAGCAGAACUUCUCCUUCUCACUGUCCCAAUCCUGCUAUCCGUGGCCGUCGCUGCUGCUGAGGAAGAGAGCGCAGUGCACCGUAAGCUCCAAUAAACAACUUCUGCCAAACACUCGGACUGGGUGCCGAUUGAACGGAUCCACUGCCAUGCUCUAGACAGCUUGCUAGCUAGCUUCCUGUAUGGGCGGGGCUGACCACGCCCCGCUACAAGGACCGAGCCAUCUUCUACACAUCUUCCAGGUCUGAUCUCCGUGUACACGAUUGUGCUCUGCUUCUUAUCAUUGACUAUCUGGUUUGCACACAUCUGUCGUGAAAAGCCUGGCAAAUUUCAGAUCUUGGUACGCGACUUCGACUGUCCCUCCCUCCCUUCCAAGCUGGAAAGCUCUCACUGGCUAGAGUGUAUCACCAGAUCGGAUGAUUGCGUAUCACGCAUCUUCUUCUCGGACUUCAGACAUUAAUGCCACUCCGGGCGGUACGUGAUCGUCAUAAGCAGUAUGAGCAUCGUCACUGUAUGAGCAUCUGUCACAUGGUCCAGUCCAGUAAGGAAGGCUAGGGGAGUAAGGCCCAUAGUCGCUAGAAAUGUGUCCACGAACUCGUCCUUCUUUCAGUGAAGAACUCAUGAGUUUCGGUCGACGGUCCUUGCUGAAACCCGUUCUCGCUACAAUGGAACAUACACAAGUACUAACAUGAGGGAAGAAACCGACAGAAAGCAGAUGGAAUGCCAAGAACCCACCUCGUCUGCAAAAUGCUCAUACUCGGUAAUGUAUGAAAGAUUUCAGUGCAAGGAACCUAUCACGAGCUGUGCACUGCAGUUCAACCGCGUGCCUUACAUGCUUCAUAAUGCAUACAUUUGACCAAUCGGUGAAGACUUCCAACACUUAUGCUUGAAACUAGUAGAGAUCUGUGUACACAUUCUACACCUUAAACGCACAAGGGAUGGGAUGUAGGUUUGUACUAAAUGAUACCUCGUAUUGUGGAGGCCUUUUUGUAACGAGGUUUGUGCUCCUCUCGAAUCAGCUCCGUGGUCACUGAAUAAACAUUUUAGUUUCUUCACAGCCAUCUGUG